GUGUCAGCUCUGAGGAUGUUACAACGACAACUCCUGCAAGCCCAGAAGACAACAAGCAGAUCAUCACUACAGCCGCCAGCAAGAUGCAAGGGACCACCUCUACAAGCAAUCCAGGAAACCCAACACCCACCUCUACAAUGUCACCUGCCACAGUCCAAGGGACCAUCUCUACAAGCAAUCCAGGAAACCCACCACCCACCCCUCAGACAUCACCUGUGGCAGUUCAAGUGACCACCCCCACAAACAACCCAGGAAACCCACAAUCCACCCCUCGGACACCACCUGCAGCAGUUCAAGUGACCACCCCCACAAACAACCCAGGAAACCCACCACCCGCUCCCACGACAUUACCCAGCCUGCCUCAGCAGGUCAGCUCUUCAACCAGCUCCAGACCCUCAACAACCACCCCUGCUGCAGCCUCCAGUGCGACUCAGCAGAAGACCAGCCCUCCAGCCAGCUUGGGAAGCUCAGCAGCCACCACUGCUGCCAGACCCGUCCCCAUUCAUCCAAGCAGCCCUCCAGCCACCCCAGGAGGUUUAGGGACUGCUGUCGCAUCCCCCCCCAGCGUGGUAGCUCAGGGAAGUCAGCCUUCGGACCAGCUGGCCAGCACCAAGGCUAGCAUCCAAGUGUCAACAAGCAGCCUUCCCCCUGGGGUCAAGGGCUAUGGUGUCUCUUCUCCCACAUCUGUUGCCAAGCAGCCUCACUCUUCUCCCAGUUCUUCAGUCCAGGGACUGGCCUCUUCCACCAGACCUGGAAGCGUCAAGACUUCUGUUACCCCUUUUGAUGGAUCCGUCUCCCCCACCACUAGUAAAGCAUCUUUACCACCCGGCAGCAUCAACAAGGUCUCAGAGGCAGCCACCACCACACCAACUGUUGAAGCAGACCAGAGGAGCCAUGGCUCCAAACCUGUGUCAACCAAACCUGCAAGUGCGGACCAGCACCCUACCAGUACACACCCAUCAGCCCCAGUCCCGGGGGACCAGACAGCGAGCAGCAGUCCUGGCCAGCAUCACCUUAACACUUCUUUCCAAAAUGAGGUCAUCUGUAAAGACCAGGUGCAAAAUAACUGGCCCACCAUGUAUCUGAAAGAAGCUAGAACCUGUGCAGAGUGGAGGACCGCCAGCAUCAAUGUCUCCUUCUUCGAGAGCUUCUGCUCAACGGGCCACUGGGCCGUGCAGGCGGUUGUGCACCUCCCCUUGGACCCUGAAAAAGUCCUGGAGGAGCUGAAGGAGAAGGACAAGUUAGAGGAGCUUGGCAUCGCCAACAUCACCUCUGACAAAACGGACCGGGAGAUGAUAAUCAACGACGAGUUCAGCACACCCCUCAUCAUCACCAUUGUCACCCUGGCCGGCUCCCUGCUCCUCAUCGCGGCCAUCUACGGCUGCUGCCACCAGCGCUUCUCCCAAAAGAAGGACCAGCACAUCCACCCUGAUCUCCCCGGGUUUGAUGAUGGACAUGUGGCCCUGAUCUUUAAUCAGCGCCUGACCGAGGAGCUGCAGACGAUGGAGAACGGUUACCACGAUAACCCCACGCUGGAGGUGAUGGAGACCUCCUCCGAAAUGCAGGAGAAGAAGGUGAACCUCAAUGGGGAGCUGGGGGACAGCUGGAUCGUUCCUCUCGACACCCUGAUGAAGGAGGACCUGGAGGAAGAGGAGGACACACAUUUAUAG